AUGACUGAAUACGACUUCUCCGAAGAGGCUCUCGAGCGGUAUCUUGCGACACAGAGCAGAGUAUCUAACUGGGUCUCCGACCAGGUGUCUCGCGUACCGCACCACUCUAAACCGUUUGGCGCCGCCAGCCACGCCGGGUCAGGGUCACGCUCGGAUCCCGCUCGUGCCCAUGGGCACGUCGUCCAUCCCCGUCCUGUGCGAGCUGCGCCACAGCAACUACAUCCCCUAGUGAUCCCGGAACCCCGCCCUCCCCAACGAAGCUCUCCUCUUAAAAGCUCGCCGCCAAGAUCUUCGGAAUGGCGAGCGCAGACAGUCUCUCCUCAGCCAUUCCCCGUCUCCGAUCCCUAUCCUCAUCCUCCUCACCAUCACCACCACCACCACUACCAAGAACGGCCACGUCCACAGGCGUCUCGCUCGCAAACACUUCCCCCGACGCACAACUCGACACUUCCGCCGUUGCCCGGAGGAGCAACGGUGUACCCCACCCGAGCGCCGAUGCCGGCGCCUCCCCCAGGCCAUAACGCCGUCUAUCGUACGUACCAGUACGAUCCUGCCCGUCGAGAGAUUGUAGUUCCCCCACCCCGCCCUGGGGAAACGUACGUAAUCAUACCCCCUACGCGGGGCCCCGUGGAGGUCGUUCACGGUGAUGGCUCGCGCUCACAUUCGCGCUCGACCUCGCGCAGCAGCGCCCGCAGUCCGAGCAAGAAGGGUACCCCGCUAUUCAAGCGCAUACUGGGUUCCAUAAGCCCAUCUGGCAAUGGCCUCUCGUCCACGAGAGGCGGGCCACCACGAAGUGCCCCACCCCCGAGACGGCUAAGACGUCAUUCGACGAGCGCAUACUGA